AUGAUUGGAACACUGCUGUACCUGGCCUACCGCUGGGCCUUGCCCAAACCAAUCCCCGGCAUUCCGUACGAUGAGGCCGCAUCUAAGAGCGUCUUGGGUAACGUGCCCGAAAUGUUGAGAUUUGCAAAGGACAAUGACGGCAAUAUUGUUCCCUGGUUCUUCAAGAAGCUCACCGAGAAAAACGCCCCGAUGGUCCAAGUCUGGAUCAAGCCCUUACAGCCACCCGCCGUUGUCAUCUGCGACUAUAUGGAAAUCGAGGAAUUAAUGGUUCCCGAACCAAAGAUGAAAGCGCAAUAUGCCAUAGGUCGACCUUUCUAUGCGAUGAGCGAUAUCUUCGACUGCGUCUCCGACAUGGUCAACGGAGCUGCCUUUGCCAUUGAAGACAGCAUGAGUGCCACGAGGCACCACUUGAGAUUCGCUGCGGAACUGAAAACCUCGUUUGUAAAGGAGGGAGAAGAUGGCUCCGUCAAUCUCCCGCGAGCGCCCGAUCAGCCAACACUCGUGGCUUUCCAUCGACUGACAGCGUACCAAGGUGAACAGGGGCGAUCUAUCAACGCCCCGAUCCAGCACAGGCUGCGGAUGCUGACAGAUCCGACUCUGAGGAAUGCGUUUGAUGUUGUGACAAAUGUGUUUGCGAAUGAAAUAAAGAAGGCUCUGGCUCGGAUGGAGGGAAAAGGCGACAGUGUGAUGAUGUCAGCACUAGAUCAGAUACUCUCCAGAGAAAAGCAGCAUGCUGAGAAGUACGGAAAGAAGCCUGACUACUUUCACGGGCGCAUAACGGAUGAGGCAAGUGUGCCACCACAAUCCGGCCUGAAGACACGAAGGUGGCUGUACCUGGUGUCUUCACUAACACUAUCCCAGGUAUUUGGCUACUACACAGCCGGUCAUGAAACCAGUGUAACGAGCAUCAGUUGGAUGACUAGGUAUCUUGGUGACUACCCCGAAUGGCAGGAGACCAUUCGUGAGGAACUCGACGCAGCGUUCUCCGCCGCGGUUGAGGAGAAGCGGCAGCCAAACGCAGACGAGAUCAACGAAAGCCACCUCCCGCGCCUCGAUACUUUCGGGGAGGAAACGCUUCGCUUGCCCGACAGAUGGCUCGUGGAAAACGAGAACGGGCAGCUGGUUUUCAAUCCCAGAGCGGGACCCACGUUGGCAUUCGGGCUUGGCCCAAGAAAGUGUUUCGGUCAAAAGCUGGCAUACACGCAGAUUCGAAACGUCAUGGCGCUGCUCCUGUGGAACUUUCGAUUCAAGAAGAUGGAGGGCAAGUUGGCUUCGAAAGACGCGAAACUUGAAAUGAGUGCGGUUCCCAAGCACUGCUAUGUUGCUUUGGAAAAGGUCUAA